UCUGCCCCAGUGGCCCCUGUCCACACUCGGAGGUCAGUGACGCAUGGCGCGGCCCGCGUGCUGGGGCUCGCCCGCAAGUUAGAUCUGGAGGAGGAGCGUCGUCAGGUUACCUUUGGGGGUAGUCGUCGUUCUGGAUUCCACACCCCACCCCAUCACCUCUGCUCUCACGCACCGUCUCUCCUCGUGCCUGUAACAUCUUUCUCAGAACGUAAGGCGCAUCAUGCUGCGCCAUUGUUUCGUCCCUACGCUCAUGAGACAGCCAUCGGGUGUGGAAUGAAUGGAUCCAAGGCCUUGCAGGUGAAGAGUGGGUGGUGGUGGACGUGUCUGUGUUUAAAUGAGAUGCUGGGAGAGUAAAAACGGAAAGGACUGAAUCGGCGAGGGUGAGGCUGGCCUGGCUCAGAUGCGAAUCAGCGAACGUGUCAUUUAUGUCCAUCUCUUCGGCGGAGAGUAGCAAGCACGACACCGUCAACGUUGGCCUCUUCCGCAAAGGAGUGUGUGCGCCUUCAGUUUCUAGAAGUGUGUGGGCUGGUUGGUCGAUCUUUCAUGGUUUUCUGCCUGUCGCCGUCAGGAGAAGAAGUGUUUCUUUGCGAUGUAGACAGGGCACCAGUGCCCGUGCGACAACUCAUGGCGGCUGGGUCGUGGCCUGGUCGGUGGGGACACAAUGGGGAUUUUGGCCAAAGGGAGAGCACGCUUCCACCCAAAAGUGGCCUGUGGGGGUGCAGAUCCACCUGGUGGUAUCAGGCCCUACAGGCCCUGAUCUGGUUUUUGUUUUUGUUUUUUAAGAGAAGCCAGAAACCUAGGUUGUUAUGUGAAGUUUCUCAAUUUUAUAUUUUGGCAGUGAAUUAAAAUGUUAACAAAUGGUAUGUAGGCUGAAGAAAGACGGUCUGACCUUUGAGCCAGUUAACCGAAGAGCCGGGAUCCUGGCUCCACAGAGAGAACAGCCCAGAAAAGAAAGUUCCCCAGCCCUCCGCAUUCUUCCAAUGGCCACUCGCCACAGGACACAUCAACAAGCCCCAUUAAAAAGAAAAAGAAACCCGGCUUACUGAACAAUAACAAUAAGGAGCAGUCAGAACUAAGACAUGGUCCGUUUUACUAUAUGAAGCAGCCACUCACCACAGACCCUGUUGAUGUUGUACCGCAGGAUGGACGGAAUGAUUUCUACUGCUGGGUUUGUCACCGGGAAGGCCAAGUCCUUUGCUGUGAGCUCUGUCCCCGGGUUUAUCACGCUAAGUGUCUGAGACUGACAUCGGAACCAGAGGGGGACUGGUUUUGUCCUGAAUGUGAGAAGAUUACAGUAGCAGAAUGCAUCGAGACUCAGAGUAAAGCCAUGACAAUGCUCACCAUUGAACAGCUCUCCUACCUGCUCAAAUUUGCCAUUCAGAAAAUGAAACAGCCAGGGACGGAUGCAUUCCAGAAGCCUGUUCCAUUGGAACAGCAUCCCGACUACGCGGAAUACAUCUUCCAUCCUAUGGAUCUUUGUACAUUGGAAAAGAAUGCGAAAAAGAAAAUGUAUGGCUGUACAGAAGCUUUCCUGGCCGACGCAAAGUGGAUUUUGCACAACUGCAUCAUUUAUAAUGGAGGAAAUCACAAAUUGACCCAGAUAGCGAAAGUAGUCAUCAAAAUCUGUGAGCAUGAGAUGAAUGAAAUUGAAGUAUGUCCAGAGUGUUACCUAGCUGCUUGCCAGAAACGAGAUAACUGGUUCUGUGAGCCUUGUAGCAAUCCACAUCCUUUGGUCUGGGCAAAACUGAAGGGGUUUCCGUUCUGGCCUGCAAAAGCUCUGAGGGAUAAAGAUGGACAGGUCGAUGCUCGUUUCUUUGGACAACAUGACAGGGCCUGGGUUCCAAUAAAUAAUUGCUACCUCAUGUCCAAAGAAAUUCCUUUUUCUGUGAAAAAGACGAAAAGCAUCUUCAACAGUGCAAUGCAGGAGAUGGAGGUGUAUGUGGAGAACAUCCGCAGGAAGUUCGGGGUUUUUAACUACUCUCCCUUCAGGACACCGUACACGCCCAACAGCCAGUACCAAAUGCUGCUCGAUCCCAGCAAUCCCAGCGCGGGUGCUGCCAAGAUAGACAAGCAGGAGAAGGUCAAGCUCAACUUCGACAUGACGGCGUCCCCCAAGAUCUUGAUGAGCAAGCCCAUGCUGAGCGGGGGCACGGGCCGUCGGAUCUCCUUGUCCGAUAUACCACGCUCCCCCAUGAGCACAAACUCUUCCGUGCACACGGGCUCCGACGUGGAGCAGGACGCCGAGAAGAAGGCCACGUCGAGCCACUUCAGCGCCAGUGAGGAGUCCAUGGACUUCCUGGACAAGAGCACAGCUUCACCAGCCUCUGCCAAGACGGGACAAGCAGGGAGUUUGUCCGGCAGCCCGAAAACCUUCUCUCCUCAAGCGUCCACGCCCAUCACGACGAAAACGGACAAAACGUCUACCACUGGAAGCAUCCUGAAUCUUAACUUGGAUCGAAGCAAGGCCGAGAUGGACCUAAAGGAGCUGAGUGAGUCGGUCCAGCAGCAGACGGCGCCCGUCCCCCUCCUCUCGCCCAAGCGGCAGAUCCGCAGCAGGUUCCAGCUAAAUCUCGACAAGACCAUAGAGAGCUGCAAAGCACAAUUAGGCAUAAAUGAAAUCUCAGAAGAUGUUUACACGGCUGUGGAGCACAGCGAUUCGGAAGAUUCAGAGAAGUCCGAUAGUAGUGAUAGUGAGUAUAUCAGUGAUGAUGAACAGAAGUCCAAGAAUGAGCCAGAGGACGCAGAAGACAAAGAGGGUAGUCGGGUGGACAAAGAGCCAUCGGCUGUCAAAAAAAAACCCAAACUGGCAAACCCAGUGGAGACUAAGGAGGAGCUGAAAAGCACAUCACCGGCCAGCGAGAAAGCAGAUCCCGGCUCGGUCAAGGAAAAGGCAAGCCCCCAGCCUGAGAAGGACUUCUCCGAAAAAGCAAAAGCCUCCCCUCACCCUGCAAAGGAUAAACUGAAGGGGAAAGAUGAGACGGAUUCCCCAACAGUACAUUUGGGCCUGGACUCCGAUUCAGAAAGUGAACUUGUCAUAGAUUUAGGAGAAGACCAUACUGGGCGGGAGGGUCGAAAAAAUAAGAAGGAACCCAAAGAAACAUCUCCCAAGCAGGAUGUCGUAGGUAAAGCUCCACCAUCCACUACGGCGGGCGGCCAGUCCCCACCCGAAACUCCGCUCCUCACCCGCUCCUCCUCCCAAACUCCCACGGCUGGUGUCACGGCCACCACCAGCACCACGUCCACCGUCACGGCCCCGGCCGCCGCCGCCACGGGAAGCCCGGUGAAAAAGCAGAGGCCGCUUUUACCGAAGGAGACUGCCCCGGCCGUGCAGCGGGUCGUGUGGAACUCGUCAAGUAAGUUUCAAACGUCUUCCCAAAAGUGGCACAUGCAGAAGAUACAGCGCCAACAGGACAGCCAACAGGAGAGCCAGCAGCAGCCACAGUGCUCCCAGGGGACGAGAUAUCAGACCAGACAGGCUGUGAAAGCUGUGCAGCAGAAGGAGAUCACACAGAGCCCAUCCACCUCCACCAUCACCCUGGUGACCAGCACCCAGUCGUCGCCUCUGGUCACCAGCUCGGGGGUCACGAGCACCCUCGCGUCCUCAGUCAGCGCAGACCUGCCCAUCGCCACUGCCUCCGCUGAUGUUGCUGCGGACAUUGCCAAGUACACUAGCAAAAUGAUGGAUGCAAUCAAAGGAACGAUGACAGAAAUCUACAACGAUCUUUCUAAAAACACUACUGGGAGCACAAUAGCCGAGAUUCGCAGGCUGAGGAUCGAGAUCGAGAAGCUGCAGUGGCUGCACCAACAGGAGCUCUCGGAAAUGAAGCACAACUUGGAGCUAACCAUGGCGGAGAUGCGGCAGAGCCUGGAGCAGGAGCGGGACCGGCUCAUUGCCGAGGUGAAGAAGCAGCUGGAGCUAGAGAAGCAGCAGGCGGUGGACGAGACCAAGAAGAAGCAGUGGUGUGCCAACUGCAAGAAGGAGGCCAUCUUCUACUGCUGUUGGAACACCAGCUACUGCGACUACCCCUGCCAGCAGGCCCACUGGCCCGAGCACAUGAAGUCCUGUACGCAGUCAGCUACUGCUCCUCAGCAGGAAGCAGACGCCGAGGUAAACACAGAAACACUAAACAAGUCUUCUGGCACACAGGCGGCCCCGACGGAUGCCGCCAGCACCUCGAAAGACAAGGAGCCUUCCACGGAGAAAAGCAAGGACAGUGGCUCGACCAUUCCCGGGGCAGUAAGUCUAGUUGCUGGGGCAGCGGCGACGAGAAGCGAGGAUCCACACGCUCCGAGCACAACGCCAGUGCCAGUUCGAAGAGCCUCCUCCCGAAAGAGUCUCGGCUGGACACCUUCUGGGACUAGGGACAAGUCACGACACAAGCCACCCACCCCGUGGAGGAAAAAGAAACCAGACACCAGGGCAACAGGAAGCGGCAAGGAAACCUGAGACAGGAGAGCCUCCUUCAGACUUGAGAAUUCCAGACACCCCGACUUGGCUUUGGCCCUCGGCACGGAGGGCAGCCCACACUACAGUGCGUCCGGCAUUAGCAGUGACUGAGGACUGUUUGACCCACACGAAAUCUAUGCUUUAGAUGUAAAUAAUGUACAAUUUGUGGAUGUCAUUGAACCUAGAGGACCUUCCCCUUUUUAUAUUUGUAUUGACUUUAACUUAUAAAAAAAAAAAAAAAAGAAGAAAGAAAAAGAAAAACGAUUAAAAAAACAAGAAACACCCAACCACAAAAGGAAUGUUUUGACGUUGGAGGAGGAGGGAUGGUUGGUCAGCCCGGCUGUCCCUGUGGCAUGGUGACUAGGCCCCAGGAUCGCCGUGGCACACGGGCCCUCGUCCUUGGACGCCCCGGGGGAAAGUGAGCCGUUUUCAUUCAUACGUCUGUAUGCAGCACAUUGGAAUCAGGAGUUUUCGGCACAGAAUCUGUGCCGUCGUGGGCACAUCACGUCAAGCCAUUGGCCCCUUUCCAGUACUACGUUACUGUGUUAUAAAAUGCAAGCUCUCUGGCCCCGAAGGACAGGGAGAAGCUAGUUUAUUUUGUGUGAUUUCGGCAAUGACUACUCGAAAAGGGAAGAAAUCAGGUCCUUGUUUACAGAAGAGACACAGAAGAAGCAAGCCCCGCUCAGCUCGGCCGAAGAGAGCAGAGAAAGUGUUAGGCGUCCUAAGCUCUGGAACAAAGAGGAGUCUUUUCUUUGCUUUGUGGUUCCUUUUACACACACUCACACAUACUUGGUAAGAGAUGCUGUGCCUCUCGGAAGUGAGAAACUGAAAGGCAGGAUGCACGCAGAGGACAGGGGAGUCCGGGAUGAAGCAUGUAUGUAUUAUUUAUACGAUGGGAUUUUACGUUUUUAUGGAAGCAUGAAACAAAGGCAGUGGGAGAGAAUUGCCAGACACCGGCCACGCUCCCUGUCACACUACGUAUACGGUAGUACCAUUUUGUAUGUUGUGUCGAACAAAACGCAUUGAACAAAGCAAAAAGGUGAUGUAUGUAUAUGAGAAAAUUAACUGUACGGUAUCAUUCCAGUACAUUCUGUUGUAUAUUUUAGUCCUGUUUACUUUCUCUUCAUUGUUGAUAAGAGGAUGUGAAUUGUACAGUUUCCAGCUAGUUCCCCAUACAUAUUAGAGAAGAACUAAAAAGAGAGUAUAGAAGAAGAGAGAAAGAACAUUUGUGAAUUGCAGGUGUCAAAAAAAAAAAAAAUAGCCUAGCUGGCCUUAUUUGCGAAGCCUAAUUGCUUUUAGCAUAUGGAAGUAUUUUUUCACAUUUUCUUUGUAUAAAAUUUGUAUUAAACUUAAAUAUCUUUUUCGAUGACGGCGUUUCUUUGUGACUGAGCCAGUGCACUCCCACGGUGUGCUUUUUUGGGUUCCACCCCUCCCCCCGGUUUUUUCAGAUUCUUCACCUUUUUUUAAUUAAACUGUUUUGGAAAAAUG